UCAGUUGCAUCUGCCCGAGUAGCAAGCGCACGUUUGAUUUUCAGAUUUUCAUCCUUCUACAGUGUAGACAUCUAAAGCUAUCCAAGAUGCUUAUGUCGAAGAAGGAUCGUUUGGGUAUCUUUGAGUACCUCUUCAAGGAAGGUGUGAUGGUGGCGAAAAAGGAUUUCCACGAACCAAAGCACCCACAACUGGAGGCUAUUAGCAACCUCCAUGUUAUUAAGACCAUGCAGUCCUUAAAGAGCCGAGGGUUGGUAAACGAACAGUUCGCCUGGAGGCACUACUACUGGUACCUCAACAACGAAGGUAUCAACUACCUCAGGACCAUCCUCCAUCUUCCCCCAGAGAUUGUUCCCGCAACUCUGAAGAGUCGGACAAGGACUGAGGCUGCAAGACCACGCGUCUCGGCACCCAAGUCUGACUCUGCCAAAAUGACCGAAGUGGAUCGUGCAGAUUACAGAAAGGGACCUGGCGCUCUUGACAAGAAGGCUGAAGUUGGCGCUGGAGCUGCCAACAUUGAUUUCCGCGGAUUUGGACGUGGACGAGGUGCUCCUCCCCCACAGUAAUCCAUUCUACUUAAUUUUUAUAUUUAUUAAGAAUUUUAAAAUGUAUUUUGUAUUGUACAGUGUUUCUUUAUUAAUUAAAAGAAAUGCAACAAAUGCACCAGUUGCAUAAACCCUAAGUGUUCGAAGCCGCCAACAGAUGGCGCCACCGUAGACUUUGGCUUUUAAGGCACUUCCGCUGCGAUUUUAGACUCAAUCUAGCUACUGUGCAUUCUUCAAUUAAUUUGCUUUAUUUUUUUGACGUGCUGAAAACCAAAAUCGGUUCA